AUGGCCUGGCGCAACCAAGGUACCACGGGCUCCAACAAUAUCCCCCUGGGGACGCGCCGUCGCUUCCAGGGUGACGAGGAAGAGGAUAGCAGCACCGCGACUCCUUCGUCUAUGCCCGAUGGCCCUAAGCGUGGCCGCAGCCCUGUUCGCGCGGAAGCCCCCGCAGUAGAUGCUGAUGGUGUCAAAAGGCGCAAGAAGCGCAACCGUUGGGGAGACCAGCAGGAGAACAAGGCUGCCGGUCUGAUGGGCUUGCCCACUAUGAUCAUGGCCAACUUCACCAGCGAGCAGCUGGAGGCAUACACCCUGCACCUGCGUAUCGAGGAGAUCAGCCAAAAGCUGCGGAUCAAUGAUGUGGUCCCUGGUGAUGGUGACAGAUCUCCCUCGCCACCUCCGCAGUACGACAACUUUGGUAGACGUGUGAACACUCGCGAGUACCGUUAUCGCAAGCGCCUCGAGGAUGAGCGUCACAAACUGGUCGAGAAGGCCAUGAAGACCAUUCCUAACUACCACCCGCCAUCUGAUUACAGACGCCCUACCAAGACCCAGGAGAAGGUCUAUGUCCCAGUGAACGACUAUCCAGAGAUUAACUUCAUUGGCUUACUUAUAGGACCUCGUGGAAACACCUUGAAGAAAAUGGAGACUGAAUCUGGCGCCAAGAUUGCCAUUCGUGGAAAAGGCUCCGUCAAGGAAGGAAAAGGCCGAUCUGAUGCCGCUCACGCUAGCAACCAGGAGGAGGAUCUUCACUGUCUGAUUAUGGCAGAAACUGAAGAGAAGGUGAACAAGGCCAAGAAACUGAUUCACAACGUCAUCGAGACUGCUGCUUCCAUUCCCGAAGGUCAGAAUGAGCUCAAGCGCAACCAGCUUCGUGAGCUCGCGGCUCUCAACGGUACUCUACGUGAUGACGAGAACCAGGCUUGCCAGAACUGUGGUCAAAUCGGACAUCGCAAGUACGACUGUCCCGAGCAGCGCAACUUCACCGCAAACAUUAUCUGUCGCGUUUGUGGCAACGCUGGCCACAUGGCCCGCGAUUGUCCUGACCGCCAGAGAGGUAGCGACUGGCGCAACAACGGUGGUUUCCCCGGCGAUCGUGGUCCCGGUGGUCCCGGCGGUCCUCGUGCCAUUGGUACUGGCGAUGCUGUCGACCGUGAGAUGGAGCAACUCAUGAACGAGCUGUCUGGAGGUGCCCCUGGCGAGUACCCGCCUCGUCGUAUUGAAGCCGGCCCUGAUCAGGGCGGUUACCCUCCUGCUGGUGACCGUGAUGCGAACCCCUGGCAGCAGCGCGCUCCGCCGCCUCCGUCCAGCGAUGUUGCUCCUUGGCAACAGAGACGUGAGCACCGUCCUCGUGAUGAUUACGGUUCUCGCGACAAUGGGCCUGCUCCUUGGCAGAAGCGUGGCGGUGACUCUGGCGGUUACGGCGGUGGUGGCUAUGAAUCCCGCGGUGGCUACGGUGGACACGGUGGUCAAAGUAACGCCGGAUACGCUGCUCCCGGAACUGCUCCAGGCGCUGCUCCAGGCGCUGCUCCUUGGCAACAGCAGGCUGCCCCCGGCGGUCAACCUGCAUACGGAUACGGAGGAUACGGUUAUUCUGCCCCUGGCAUGGCUGCUGCUCCUCCGCCACCCGGCAUGGCUCCUUGGUCCUACGGGGCUGGUGCCCCUGGCGCUCCUGGCGCUGGCAGCCCUCCGCCUCCUCCCCCGCCUGUCGAUGGACCUCCACCACCUCCUCCCAGCGACCAGCCUCCUCCCCCUCCCCCUCCCGCUUAA